GCAAUUCGUAUGUGUUUAUUUCAUUUACCUUAAACAUUAAAUACGUCGUUAAUUACAGAAAUUUUACUAAACAAAGAAAACAUUUUUUUUAUAUGUACGCGUUAAAUGACGUCACUCUCAACAUGGCGGCGCACACACGCUGCUGUUUGUGGGUUUAUAACGCCUGUCUGUAACCUUGCAAAAAUGAUCUGCUAGUUUGCGAAAACUGGUUAAUUUAGUGAAUAGUAUGUGGACGUAUUAUUUCGGAUUAUGCAAGGACUGGCUUGGAUGACGGAAGAAAUGUGAAUGAGUCUUCUGCCUACUGCUUUCUUAUCGGAUAACUUAAUAGAGAGGCAAUGUUUGUGUUGACUGUCAACUGUUAAAGAUCGUUGGUGGCAUUAAUGAAACCUACCUUCAGAGGAUGCGGAAUCUAAACUCUUUAAAAGUAAUAAAUCAUGGACGUUUACUAUCCCAAAGACUUCGUGGAUACUGCAUCACACGUUCUGAGGCGUCAUGUUUUUGUCAAAGUCAUGCCAGUCGUGGGAGACGUUUUGUAACUCACCUACAGUCUGCUUCUAAACCACCCUGGAGAAUAUUGUUCUUUGGAAGUGAUGAAUUCGCAGUAGAGUCAUUGAAACGACUUCAUGCAUCCCGUGAUGACACAAAAGCUGGAUACAAAAGCAUAGAUUCCAUUGAGGUUGUGACCUUGACCAGAGAUGCUCCAGUCAGAAAGUAUGCAGAGCAGCACAGACUUCCACUUCACCAGUGGCCUGAUGUGGAUUUAAGUUCAGGGUUUGAUGUUGGCGUUGUGGUGUCCUUUGGCUGUUUGAUUAAGGAGAACUUCAUCAACAAAAUGGCAUAUGGAAUCCUGAAUGUGCACCCUAGUCUCCUGCCACGGUGGCGUGGUCCAGCGCCGAUCUUCCAUACAAUUCUACAUGGUGAUAGUGUCACUGGAGUAACUGUUAUGCAGAUAAGACCCAAGAGAUUUGAUGUGGGCCCCAUUCUCCAUCAAGAGCUGUGUGAGGUUCCAAAGAACUGUACCGCAGAUGAACUGGGAGCAACUUUGGCGGUUGUGGGUGCCAGACUGUUAAUGGAUACUUUAGCACAUCUUCCAGAAAGGAUAGCAAACCAAAAAGAGCAAUCUAAAGAGGGUGCAACCUUUGCCCCAAAAAUUAGUCCCAGAAUGGCCUGGAUAAUAUGGGAGGACUACAGUUGUGAGCAUAUUGAUCGGCUGUUUCGUGCAAUUGGAUCUCGGUUUCCGUUGAAAACCAUGUGGAUUGGCAAUCCUGUUAAACUUCUGGACUUCAUUGGCAAAUGCAAUGUGAUGUUCCCAGCUGCUCCAUACUUAACUGCAGUGCCAGGGUCUGUCCUUUAUCAGAAAGAAUCAAAUGCUUUACUUGUUCGCUGCAAGGAUGGCUGGGUUGGAUUCAGAUCAGUGAAGUUCAAGAAAAAACUGUCGGCAGCUGAUUUCUUUAAUGGAUAUCUCCACCAGAGUGUGCUGAAGAAAUCUCCAUCCCCAGACACCUGUCUCUUUCAAAGUUAUAAAGAAAGAACUCAUUUGUCAGGAGGACAGGACAAUAGCACGCUGCUGCAGAAUAAGACUUCAUUUUGAAGGGUAGCAUUAGUUCAAUCAUGAAAUGAUCAAUUAAGUAUUGAACAGCUGCUUCCUAUUAAAACAUUUUUGUCUGUUUUAAGACAAUGUUGUAUUUAGUAACGGACUAUAUAUUUACCAAACUCUGCACAUUUAUACAGUCGUUUGGUAAAUGAAUGUGGACACAAUAAAAUGAGUUUUGGUGAUUUUUUGAGUUUCUUUGAUUUAUUGCUUCAUUUUAUUGUUUUUACCAAUAAGUAAAUGUUAGACACAAUGUCGGCACACAAAUUUUUCAGUUUUUGAUACUGUACUUCAUACUAUUAUGAUAAGUUUUUAGAAAUGAUCUAUGUUCUCUGAUUUCUGUAUAAAUGUCUAUGUUGUGUAAAAUGUUACUAGUUUAAAUGAGAUAAAAUGCCGGAGUCAGUUAUAAACGGAGGUUGGAGCCCGCUGCAAAUGGGUGGGUCAGCUGCAAGUGGUUGUGACUUUAGCUUCUAUUGGGCUGUACAAACCUCCAGAGGAUUCUGAUAGGUUUAUUUAAUGUCAUGUAUUGUAGUAUUGGCUCAUGAUCCACUGUUGGUGGCAGUAUAUUUUGUAUUUUCCCAUAAAAAAUUUAAGACUAACCCAAACCCUAAACAUAACUUGCAUGAAAGGGCAGCACAAUCUGAUGGUAGCACAAACUGUCAGAACAGCUGCAGUGAUGUAAUAAUGUUAAUAACUGGUAUCAAAGAAAAACGGUAGUGCUGCAGUGGCUCAGGCAAAUUAUGGUUUCUAAAAUGAAAAUACAAUAAUAGUCGUAAUUAUUAAUUUAUAUCAGUGUAAAGACAUUUAUGUUGCUGUGUGUUUAUUUGAUGAAAAUUGUAUUAAUUGGACUAAAACACUAAAUAAAAAGGUUUAUU